GGAUUGUUUUAGAUUAAGAACUGAAUUUCCAUAUUGAUCAGAAUUAGGGUUUUGGCCUUGUGUUGGGAUUUAAAAGAAUAAUGAAUUGUUUUUUGUUUCACUUGGAUACCCUAGGAAGGCAGUUGAUUUUGGUGAAGAUUUCUUAAGACUUGUUCAAACCGCUGCUUAUUAUAAUAUAAUACAUUUCAAAUGGCUGUUAGUUUUCGAGAAUGAUAUGUCCUAUGUCCUUCCAAUUGCAAUAACUGGGUUGGCUAACAUGAGUAUAACCCAACAAGUCCUUUCGACUAAAAGGUUAGAGGUUCGGAUUUUCACCUCACAUGAUAUUGAACUAAAAACAUAGAAAAAUAAAAAGAAAAGAAGCAAGGAUGGUGCGUGAAAAUUCUCUUGUUUAAACAAUUUAAAAUGAAAAGUAAAGAUGAGUGGAUAUUUAGAUCUCUCAAGACUUGUUCUAACUGUUGCUUAAUAUAAUAGAAUAGAUUAUAAAUGGUCGUUGGAAUUCUAGAAUGAUAUGUCCUUGUAAUAGGAAUAUUGGAGUGGCCAAUAUGACCGUAACUUAACUGGUCAUUUCGGCUGAAGGGUCAAAGAUUCAGAUCUUCAUUCAACAUGAUAUUGGACAUAAAAAAAGAAAUGAAAAGAAGCAAGGAUGGUGUGUGAAAAUUCUCCUGUUGAAACAAAUGUAGAGAUGAGUGAAUAUUUAGAUCUCGUAAGGCUUGUUCUAACUAUUGCUUAUCAAAUAGAUUAGAUUUCAAAUAGUCGUUAGUUUUUUAUAGAUUGAUAUGAUAUGUCCUUGGAAUAGGAAUAUUAGAGUGCUCAAUAUGAACAUAACGUAAGUAGUCAUUUCAACUGAGAGGUCAGAGGUUUAGAUCUUUACCCCAUAUGAUUUUGAACUCAAGAAAAAAAAAGGAAAAAAGAAGCAAGGAUGGUGUGUGAAAAUUCUCCACUGAAAUGAAACGUAAAGAUAAGUGGCUAUUUAGAUUUAUCACUAGGAAGAGAGGUGGGGGACAACAGUUGGACUUGAGGAUUAUUAAAGUUGCUAUCAGUAUUUUAAAUGUCAAUAUGGUCAAGUAGUUCAACUUCUCGGGCAAUUUGGGAAUAAAGCUGUCAUGUCAAAAAUGUGAUGAGAGACCCUAUAAAUAACCUAGUAACUCCACCAAUCUAGCAGAUACCAAACACUUCCAAAAAAGGUCAUGGAGAAGAAGCAAAAAGAGAAAAAAGGGCAUUUGGUGCUUGUUCCUUGCCCUUUACCAAGCCACACGUCUCCCAUGCUUCACUUAGCCAAACUUCUUCACUCUCAGGGUUUCUCUAUUACCAUAAUUCACACACAACUUAACUCUCCAAAUCAAUCUCAUUACCCUGAGUUCUCUUUUGAAUCCAUCGGUGGUAGCCUGUUGGAGAGCUACAGUGCCUUUGAUGGGGAUGUUAUGCUUUUUCUUUCAGAACUCAACAUGAAGUGUGAAAUCCCAUUCCAUGACUGUUUGAUAAAAAUGCAAUUGGGCAGUCAAUACAAUCCAAUCUCCUGUAUAAUAUAUGACUCCGUUAUGUAUUUUUCUGCAGCAGUUGCUGAUGAUCUGCAGAUUUUUAGAAUUGUUUUGCGGACAAGUAGUGCUGCAAACUACAUCGGGCUAUCAAUUCUUGAUGAGAAUGAUUGUCAUCCAAGCCAAGAACGCCAAAUGGAGGAACCGGUUGCUGGGUUUCCCUUUCUGAGAAUUAAGGACAUGCCACUGUUCAGCACACAGAAUCACACAAGGAAGGUUUUAACCUGCAUUUACAAUGGAACCAAAACUGCUUCAGCUAUCAUAUGGAAUUCCCUUUGGUGUCUUGAGCAUGCCUUGUUCAAGAAAAUCGAAGAUGAAACCUUGGUUCCAGUCUUUCCCAUAGGACCUCUUCAAAAGCACUAUAGCAACUUUUCCACCAAUGUUUUAAGUGAAGAGCAGAGUUGUAUUGCUUGGUUAGACAAACAAGCUCCAAGUUCUGUGGUCUAUGUAAGCACUGGUAGUGUCAUUACUAUGUCGAAAGAUGAACUAUUAGAGAUGGCUUGGGGGCUAGCCAAUAGUGACCAACCCUUCCUGUGGGUGGUGAGGGCUUGUCUAGUCAAUGGCUCAGAUGGAGUUGAGCAGUUGCCUAGAGAAUUUCAUGAGGCUACCCGAAGUCGCUGCAGGAUUGCUAGUUGGUUGCCACAGCAAAAAGUUUUGGCACACAAAUCAAUUGGAUGCUUUUUGACUCAUAACGGUUGGAACUCAACGAUCGAGAGUAUAGCAGAAGGCAUUCCAAUGCUUUGUUGGCCCCGAGUUGGGGAUCAGAGGGUGAAUGCAAGAUUCGUUAGCCAUGUCUGGAGGGUUGGCUUACAGUUGGAGGACAGAUUGUUGAGAGAUGAAAUCGACAGGGCCAUUCGAACACUCUUCAUGGACGAAGAGGGUAUCAAAAUCCAAAAGCAAGCCAAGGAGUUAAAAAAGAACGUUGAAAUCUCCCUGAGACAAGGAGGGGCUUCAAGUGAUUUCUUAGCCAGAUUAGUCAAGUACAUUAGACUUCAAGAAACAAUGAUAAGGUUGUCAAAUGCUUGAUUAUGCAUUUAUUAGCCAUCCAUAUCCCUGUUUCUUCUAGAAUGUCUACUUUUAUUUUCCCCCCUCUUUCUGUGGUGAGAAUCUAUAUUAUAUAUUUACAGGUCAGACAUGUGUAUGGAUGGAUAUUAUAUUAUACUAAUGUAUGCUAUGAUUUCUCCUAUGUAAUUUUGCACAUGUUGAAAUCGUCUGUAAAAGCUGCUGUACUUGUAAUGCCCACUUUACUUUUUGGAUUA